CCGGGGGGCUCUGCCUGCUCACGUAUUUUCCUCCGUGCCGUUCGGGUUUGUGUCCUUCCGGAGCUGCCCCGAGGAGGGAAAAAGCAUCGGCUGCUCUUUUUUAUUUUUGGUCUUAACUCUCAUCUUGGUGACUCCACAGGCACACGAUGUGGCUGUUCAUUGCAAUCCUGUUUCUCGUACGAGCGCCCGCCAGCUCUGAAGAUGCCACCGAGCAGAAAAAGGCUCUAAAUCCCGAGGCUCUCAUGAACGUUAGCCAAAUCAUCUGCCACAGAGGGUACCCCAGUGAGGAGUAUGAAGUCCUGACUCGUGAUGGCUACUACAUCCACCUGAACAGAAUUCCCCACGGGAGACAAAAGCUUAAGAACAGAGGGGCCAAGCCAGUCGUGUUUCUCCAGCACGGGAUAUUUGGAGAAGGCAGCCACUGGGUGGAAAACCUGGCUAACAACAGCCUUGGCUUCAUACUAGCAGAUUCUGGCUAUGACGUGUGGCUGGGAAACAGCCGGGGGACGAGCUGGUCCCGGAGACACCAGCACUUUUCAGCUGACCAGGUGGAAUUCUGGGAUUUCAGCUUCCACGAGAUGGCAAUGUACGACCUCCCAGCUGCCAUCGACUUUGUGCUGCAGAAAACGGGGCAGAAGCAGCUCCACUACAUCGGCUACUCCCAGGGCUGCACAACUGCAUUUAUUGCAUUUUCAUCCAUGCCUGAACUGGCUCAGAAAGUCAAGAUGUUCUUUGCCCUGGCUCCAGUAGUGGCACCCAAGCAUGCCAGAAGUCCACUCAUGAAGAUGCAGCUCCUUCUGGACAACAAGCUCAAGAUGAUUCCGCUGCUGCUCGGCAGAACGGACGCGUCCCUGCGGAUAAGGAAGCUGUGGCGGUUUCUCCCGGAGCUGUGCAGGCACACGCUGCUGCGCAGGCCCUGUGCCAACCUCCUCUUCCUGCUGGGUGGCUACAAUGAGAAGAACCUCAACAUGACACGGCUGGAUGUGUACACAUCCCACUAUCCAGAUGGCACGUCUGUCAGAAACAUCAUCCACUGGGCUCAGGUGAUAAAUUCUGGAGAAUUCAAAGCCUUUGACUAUGGCAGUGAGAACCCAGCCAGGUACCACCAGGACACACCACCCUUGUACCGCGUGGAGGAGAUGCCAGUGCCCACCGCAGUGUGGUCAGGAGGGCAGGACUGGGCAUCUGACAAAAGGGACGUCCUCCUGCUGCUGCCCCGCAUCACCCACCUCAUCACCUACACCCACAUUCCUGACUGGAACCACUGGGACUUUGUCUGGGGCCUGGAUGCCCCUGGGCGCCUCUACAGCAGCAUCCUGAAGCUGAUGGAGGGGUCCCGGUAG